GGAAUGUGAGGCGGUCUUCUGUCAACUUUCAUAAGGACUGGACGUAGCUUUAGCUGGGUAGCCAACAUAGCGAGUUGCCUCUGUGAUCUAUUUCAAACUGCGAUCCUCUCUAGCUAGCGUGGCGAGUCUGUGGCACUACAGUUUGGAAUCUGUGUAACUCAGUAAUGUUGCAGCUAACUAGCUAGAUUUUCAACGUUUUACGAGUGAAUAAUAGAACAAGGGAGCUGUACAGACGGCAUGGAGGCGCAUGCGUCGGGCCGGGUCCUCUCCAGGAAGAGGAGGAGAGGCUCCAACGGAGAGACGGAGGAGGGUGAGAGACCCCUGAAGCAACAGUGCUACACAGCGGGUCUGAGAGAUCCUGCUCCCUACGCCGACCAGCUCGUGUCACCGGAAAAGAGACCCUAUAAACGCGUCAGCUUGGAAGAAGCCCAGAAAGGCACACCUCCUGACAGGCCAGUGAGGGUGUAUGCCGACGGCAUCUUCGACAUUUUCCACUCAGGACACGCACGUGCUCUAAUGCAGGCCAAAGGACUCUUCCCCAACACCCACCUCAUUGUGGGCGUGUGCAGCGAUGAGCUCACGCACAAACUCAAGGGCUUCACCGUCAUGAGCGAGGACGAGCGCUAUGACGCCGUGACGCACUGCCGCUACGUGGACGAGGUGGUGCGCGACGCUCCAUGGACCCUCACGCCCGAGUUCCUGGCUAAACACCGGAUUGACUUUGUAGCCCAUGAUGACAUCCCCUACUCUUCAGAAGACAGUGAUGAUGUUUACAAGCACAUAAAAGAGGCAGGAAUGUUCGCCCCUACCCAGCGGACGGAAGGUAUCUCCACGUCAGACAUCAUUACACGCAUCGUCAGGGACUACGAUGUGUACGUGAGACGGAACCUGCAGCGUGGCUAUACGGCCAAGGAGCUCAACGUCAGCUUCAUCAACGAGAAGAAGUACCACCUGCAGGAGCGUGUGGACAAGGUGAAGCAGAAGGUGCGCGACGUGGAAGAGAAGAGCAAGGAGUUUGUGCAGAGGGUAGAGGAGAAGAGCAUCGACCUCAUCCAGAAGUGGGAAGAGAAGUCGCGCGAGUUCAUCGGCAACUUCCUGCAGAUGUUUGGCCCAGAGGGGGCGCUGAAGCACAUGCUCAAGGAGGGCAAAGGUCGCAUGCUGCAGGCCAUCAGCCCGAGCAGCAGCCCGGCACACGAGCGUUCUCCCUCUCCCUCACCCGCCUUCCGCCUGCCCUUCUUCAACAAGGCCUCGCCGCCCACAUCGCCCGGCUUCGGGGCUGCCCGUCAGUGGCGCAUCAGCGAGGACGAGGUGGACGAGGACGAUGAGGAGGAGAACGGUGAUGAAGAUUAAAGGCGACGGGGGCGCAACGAAAACGGCAGUAACCCAGCGCACGCGUCCACUCCGCCCUGCCGGCUCUGUCCCUCAAAGAGGGAAUGAAACCAAAAACAAAAAAGUUAAAAAAAAAGAAAAGAAAAAAGGAAACCGGGGAGAAAAGGCAUGAUGACAAACACGUGAAAGAAUCAACCACUUCCUGUGCAGGUGACGGGCAGGUCAUAGGUGUUGGGCUGCAGUGCGUGAUGGUCCGUUUAGGGGCUGUGAUGGGUCAGCGCGGUCGAGGAAGGAAUGCUGUUUUUAAUCAUUUUAAGCAAAUCAGUCCGCAUUUUUCUUGUUUCAGCUAUUAUUACACUACAGCAGGGUGGGGGUGUUUGUUGCUGGUGUAUUACUUCAGUACAAACCUCUCUACAAACCUGUUAUCAUUGCUUCUUUUACAUAUGGAAAGGGUCCCAGGCUUGGUGGACAAAAAUAUUUUAACCCGUGUGUUGUCAGUGCAUCAUGUCUUGUCCUACAAAACCCGUUUGUCUGCGUAAUCGGAUUGAGAUUGUACUGAAUCAAGGUUGACCUGGCCAGUCAGAUGAGCUUGAAGCACAGUUCCUAGUUUUGCACAUUAUAAGUUACAGCUGCUUGACUGAAUCCGAAUGUUCACCGCCUCUUGGCUCUCCUGGAGUGUUUAAACUAUUCAGCUCUCUUGAAUUGAAGGGGGACACUUUAAAAAAAAAAAAAAAAAAUUUAUUUAUUUAUCCCCGAGUUAAAUUUAAGUUACUUUUUCUUUAACACCCAUUCAAGGUUUCUCAGAUGCCACUUUAAACUCCUAUUGGAUGUAGUUAUCAUAAAUUGAAUCAGAUGGGGCUUGGUGAAUGGGAGUUGUCUUUUUAUGCUGUUGCGUUUCCAUGACGGAUUGGUUAACACCGUCCUGAGAAAUUAUUUGUCCAUGUUUGUGGGACACUCUUGGUUUGUCAGCAUCUGAAACGCGUUAAAAGCACGAAAGUGUUGAAGCCAGUCUUUCACCACACACGCAUGACGCACAGCCGCAGUAGAGACGUUUGACACUUUACUGUGCUCAUGCUAAGAUUGCACUGUUACAAUUCAUGCAGGCUGGCAAUCACUGGUCACUGUGAUAUAUAAAAGCUGCAAUAAGGGCCUCUACCUUAAAGAUGAAUGGUUCAAGAAGGUUCACCUUCCUUCACCUGUCAACCAGUACAAACGAGUACAAUUAAAAAAUACUGUUCUAAAUGUAAAGAGUUAAUGAAUAGUCAUUGUGUAUACUUGAGGUUUUGUUUUGGUAAAACUCAAUGAGCAAUUUCACUUCCUUUCUCCCAUUCCAGCAUGUCAGACAGGAAAGAGAUGUUUGUUUGCUUUAUGGUUUUAUAUUUUUAUUGAACGUAACCCUUACCUACUAAGUAACUGGAGAGCAACCACAGAUUAAAGUUACACCUCGGAAGCAUGAGGCCACGGCCCUCUACUGUUCAG